UUAAAAGUUUUGCUCAUCUUGCUUGCUGUUCAUCAACACCAAGAUUUUUGGCCAAUUCUUGACCUUUUUUUGUCUGAGUAGGCGCUGUCAAAAUCAGCUGUGCCCGUGCACGUGUUGCCGUUUGUUGUUUGGACGUGUGAGCAGUUCCUCGAGGAAGCGCCGACAGAAAUUCCUUUCAAAUCUUCCCAGACACCUUCUGAAGUCACAAGACACGUGCACGUCGACUCGCUGAUGGCGGCACCAAAGAGAGGCGGCGGGAUACUGCGUGACCUGCAGGUGGCGCUGCAGCUGAAGAUCGAGGAGCUGACGGAGCGUGACGCGCUGAUCGACGAAUUGGAGUCGGAACUGGACGCCAAAGAGCUCCUGAUUGGACAUCUGCGGGCCGAGCUGGACCGAUAUCGCAACUCGGCGCCGGGUGCCGACCACACCCCCACCGAGGUGCAAAACGCAGCAGGUGGCGCUGCAGUAAUGACGGCCGCGUCACUGGACGAGCCUCAGCGUACCAAGAGACAGGCCAUCUCCGCUGAACCCAGCGCGCUGGAUCCCACCCAGCUCACUGACGUCACGCUCACCAGCUAUUGCAAGACCAAAGAGUCCAGCGAGUUGAUCCAGAGAGCGCUGAUGGACAACGACUUCAUGAAGCACCUGGAACACGGACAGAUCCUCACCAUCCUGGACUGCAUGCGGCCCACCAGUCUGGACAAAGGAUGCUGCGUCAUCCAGGAGGGCGACGACGGAUCCAGCGUCUACGUUCUCGAGGAGGGCAUGGUGGAGGUGAGCAAAGAAGGCAAAAAGCUGUGUACCAUCGGCCCCGGAAAAGUCUUUGGCGAGCUCGCCAUCUUGUACAACUGCACACGCACGGCCACGGUGACAGCGCUGACCCACAUCAAGUUGUGGGCCAUCGACCGUCAAGGCUUUCAGACCAUCAUGAUGAGGACCGGCCUCAUCAAACAUUCCCAAUACACGGACUUCCUACGAAGUGUUCCGUCUUUCCAGGCCCUUCCGGAGGACAUUCUCAGCAAGCUGGCUGACAUUCUGGAGGAGACUCACUACAACAACGGCGACUACAUCAUCCGGCAAGGCGCCACAGGUGACACUUUCUUCAUCAUCAGCGAGGGUCAGGUGAACGUUUGGCAGCAGAGUGCCUCCGGCGACGAGCAGGUGCCAGUGAAGACGCUGUCGAAAGGCGACUGGUUCGGCGAGCAGGCGCUAAAAGGGGAAGACGUGCGCACAGCCAGCGUGACGGCAGAGGGCGCCGUCACCUGCCUGGUGGUGGACAGAGAGUCCUUCAAGCAGCUGAUUGGCGGCCUGGAGGAAGGCGACACCAAGCAGAGUGACGACGACCAAGUCCAAUCCAAGCGUCCGGCGGAGGACGACUUCUUCUCCAGCGUGACGCUUGACGACUUCCGCGUCGUCUGCACCUUGGGCAUGGGGGGCUUCAGCCGCGUGGAGCUGGUGCAGCUGAAGAGCAACGCCGGCCGCUCGUUUGCCCUCAAAGUGUUGAAGAAGCGCCACAUCCUGGACACCAGGCAGCAGGAGCACAUCCUGUCGGAGCGCCGCAUCAUGAUGGAGGUCCACAGCCCCUUCAUCAUCAGGUUGUACCGGACCUUCCGGGACCCGAAAUAUUUAUACAUGCUCCUGGAGGUUUGUCUUGGCGGUGAGCUGUGGACGCUCUUACGAGACAGGGGCUCAUUUGACGACGGGACCACGCGAUUCUACACGGCGUGCGUCAUCGAGGCUCUGGCGGAGCUCCACUGUAAGGGGAUCAUCUACCGGGACCUCAAGCCCGAGAAUAUCAUCCUGGACCACAGAGGCUACGCCAAGCUGGUGGAUUUUGGCUUCGCUAAGAAGGUGGGCCUGGGGAAGAAGACCUGGACCUUCUGCGGAACUCCCGAGUACGUGGCCCCGGAGAUCAUCCUCAACAAAGGGCACGACAGCUCAGCCGACUGCUGGUCACUCGGGAUUCUGGUCUUUGAGCUUCUCAGCGGAAGUCCGCCGUUUUCCGGCUCGGACCCGAUGAAGACGUACAACAUCAUCUUGAGGGGCAUCAACAUGGUGGAAUUCCCUAAAAAGAUCACCAAGAGUGCCGCCAACCUCAUCAAGAGACUUUGCAGAGACAACCCCUCAGAACGUCUUGGGAACCAGAAGAACGGCGUGAAGGACAUCCAGAAGCACAAGUGGUUUGAGGGCUUCAACUGGGACGGCCUCCGCCAGGGAACCAUGGACUGUCCCUUUGCGCCAAGGGUGGACGGCCCGCUGGAUAACAGCAACUUUGACGACUUCCCCCUGGACACGGAGGGCCCGCCCCCUGAUGAGGAGUCAGGCUGGGACCUGGAGUUCUGACAUUGCAUGCAAACAGCGAGUGAAACGCAGUCGACUUUCUGGUCUAGCCAGGGUCCUUGUCCCUUUUCCGCCGUGGACGCCAAGUGAGCAAAGCGUCCAGUCACCGCAACGCGAGGAACAUUCUCGUCAUCUUCCGUCACAAAAGGUC